UCAUGGCACUAUCCCUGAGGCAUACUGCACUGACUACGACAACAGAUUCGCCAUGAAAGAGACCCACCUUUUCAACUGACGACAUCAACCUAGACAAGCACAAAUUCGAGCGCUUUCUGCACCCGGGAAGGUUCGCGGUGGCUUCCAUAUUCGCCCCGACGCUCUUCCCGCCCCUCCCCCUCUUGGUUUUCGCCGACCCGUCUGCUGCGUCCAAUCAGCAUGCAGAAGAGGGUGUGGGAGGAGGGAGUGUGGGAGGGAGUGUAGUAGGAGGGAGUGUGGUGGGGGAAGGGGAGGAGCUACAGCUGGCAGCGACGGGGGCUUUAAGAGGGCCGGACCCCGAUCGGAUCAUUCUGAAGAAGAUUGUUUUGUCCGGCUACCCCGUGUCAGUGAUGAAGCGCAAGGCAGUGGUGCGCUACAUGUUCCACCAGCCAGAGGACGGCAGGUGGUUCCAGCCUGUGGAGCUCUUUACCAAGUAUGGCCGGAGGGGCCGCAUUCGAGAGCCAGUGGGCACCAAGGGUGCCAUCAAGUGUGUGUUUGACGGGGUGGUGCAGCAGCGCGACGCCGUCUGCAUGGCUCUCUACAAGCGGGUCUACCCCAAGUUUCCCGUGCUGCCAACGUCUUAAGUGGGGUGGCUGAGGCUCCCAGGGGCCUUCCUCCUCACUCAUUGGAGAAGAUGGAAAGAGCAGCAGUGCAGCUCUGUCUGCAUGGCUCUCUACAAGCCAGUCUACCCCAAGCUGUUGUCUCUUUUUCGGCCAGGCCCGACUCUUCUGCUUUCAUUGUGCCAUAUGCUCUUCUGUUCAAGAGCAAUCAAGGGUGUGUUUGAUUGGGUGGAGUGGUGCAAGAGUGCAACGCGAUUUGCAUGGCCCUCUACAAGCGAGUCUACCCCAUGUUCCCAGUGUUGCAGCGUGUAGCGGGCAGGGGUAGGGCCAUGAUAACAGAUGCACAGUUGGCGCAAUCGCUAUCGUAGCUGGGCGAGUUAAUAAUUCUAACUCUUGGCCAACCGCUGAGCAUCCCAACAGGGUCAAUCACUACAGCAUCCCAACAGGGUCAUUCACUACAGCAUCCCAACAGGGUCAAUCACUACAGCAUCCCAACAGGGUCAAUCACUACAGCAUCCCAACAGGGUCAUUCAUCUACCUGGAAAGCGAGAUGAACCAGGAAGGUAGGUAGGCUUGGAUACCAGGUGUUAUCUGUUGUGAUAUAAUUGGUACUUAGCAUUUCUGUAAGUCGAUUAAGUGUAGUUAGUGUCGAAUCUUACUGUAGAACAUAAUGUUAACGUAGAAACGAAUGAUUUACUAGAGGUGGAAACCUAGAACAA